GUUUGCCUUUGCCCUGGGGAAAAAGACUUUGAGAAGAUGGAGAACCAGAGUGGAGCACUUUUGGGAUACAUCCGCUGGGAAGGAGAAGAGGAAGGGGAUGAGGAGGAUAGAGUGGCUCCUGGUGCUUCUCCUUCCAGGCAGAUGAGCAAACUAGAAGAUGUGCAGGUGGAGAUGCUCGAGAAGGCAAGGGAGCUCUUCCAGCUGUGUGACAAGGAUGAGAAGGGUUUUAUCACGAAAGUGGACAUGCAGCGGCUUCAGAGUGAACUCCCCCUAACCCUUGAGCAACUGGAGACUGUUUUUGACAGCUUGGAACAGAACAAUAAGGGGUACCUGACACCCGUGGAGUUCAGCUUGGGACUAGGAAAGUUAAUAGGGAUUGAAUUGUGUCAAGGGGCUGGGAGAAUGAAUCGCUCCAGCCACGAAGAGACCUUUGAGUCAGGCUGGUCAGAUGACUUGGACCCAGCAGAUGAUGAAGAGAAACGAUUCUGUUCCAUGAUGGAGCAGCUUGGAGCAGUCCAGAUGUUUGAAGAUCCGCAAGAGAUUCGGGAGCUCUGGGCUCGGCUAAGAAAAGAGCGUCCAGAGCUCUUGUCCAAUUUUGAAGAGUUUCUGUUGCGUGUUUCAUCGUACAUAAGGGAGGUGAAUCACGAGAAGGAGUCUAUGGAACAGGCACUGAAGCGGAAGGAGACAGACCAUGACCGAGAAGUCAGGUGCCUUUAUGAAGAAAUGGAGCAACAGAUCAAAGCAGAAAGGGAGAGACUGAUCUGCCAGGAAGCACUGAGACACGACAGGAGUAACCUGCUCCAGAAGGAGCUGCGCAGCAAAGAGCAGGAGCUGGAGAAAAUCCUCUACCGCCAGAAGAAGCUGGAACAUCAGCUGCAGUCUCUGAACUCGGAGCAGCUGGAGACCCGUGUACAGAAUGAAAGGCUCCGGCACCUGAAUGAAAACCUGCUGGAAGAGCUGGAGAAAAGCAAAUGGGAGCUGGAGGCAGUGAAGGGGCAAUUACAGAAGCUCCAGAAAGAGGCUCAGCUUGAGCAAGAGCAGAAGGACAGGGAUGUGUUUAGAGUCUCCAAGAACAUGCAGAAAGAGAAACAAAGCCUCCUUCGGCAGCUGGAGCUCCUUAGAGAGAUGAACAAGAAACUUCGAGAUGAGCGAGAUGCUUUUGAAGCCAAGAAGCUGGCACCUCAGAGCAAAAAGCCCCUGUUGAAGAAAGGGUCAGUGCUAGGCAGUUACCUGCUGGACGACAAGCCGGUCAAACGACAACUGGCCUCUGAAGAUCUUCCUUUCACCUUCCCGGUGGAUGUGGCAGUGGAAGAACCCAACAGAAAGAACUGUAAAUACUUCUCAGGCAACAGGACGUGGCUGAGGACAGAAGGAGACAGCACAAACUUUGGAGAGAAGAGCAGAGACAAGGAGAGAUGGUCAUUGGCAGCAGAUGUUGAGUGGUUGAAGAUGACUUUGAAGGGUGAUGCUGACUGUAGAAAAAAUGCAGAUGGCUUAGAGGAUGCUCCCUUGCCUCCCAGAGAACAGCCUGUUGGCACCGAAACCAGGUUCCAGGCACGGGAACCAGCCAGCUGUUCCCCAGACCGCAUCUUUAAAGUGGUGUUUGUAGGGAAUUCUGGUGUUGGGAAGAGUUCCUUCAUCCACCGUUUCUGCUAUGACAGGUUCUUGGCUGAGCUCAAUGCAACCAUUGGUAUCGAUUACCAGGUGAAGAGCCUGGUGGUGGAUAAUACCCAGGUUGCCUUACAGCUGUGGGAUACAGCUGGACAAGAAAGGUUUCGGAGCAUUACCAAGCAGUAUUUCCGGAAGGCAGAUGGGAUUCUGGUGAUGUACGACAUUACGGCCGAGUGCUCCUUCAUGGCAGUGCGGAACUGGAUGAGCAGUGUCCAGGAAGGUAUCGAGGAUGGAGCUGUGGUCUUUCUACUUGGAAAUAAAACGGAUGCUGUGCAGAGAGACACCCGGAUUGUGCCCAGGAUGGAAGGGGAAAGGCUGGCAAAGGAAUACAAGGCUGUUUUCUACGAGUGCAGCGCGAUGACUGGCUAUAACAUCAUGGAGCCCAUGUUGCACAUGGCCAGGUUGCUGACAGCACAAGAAGACAGGCAGAGGGAGAGUGCCCUUCAGCUGGAAGAUGUCGGCAGGAAGAAAGGGUGCUGCACAUAA